AUGACAAAGCAAGAGUGGAAAAACAAAACGGUUGUUACAGAGUUCGUCCUCCUGGGUUUUGGGAAUGGCCCUCAACUGGAUUCUCUUCUCUUCCUGAUGUUUCUGUCCAUCUACAUCGUGACCAUAACUGGAAACGCCCUUGUCGUUAUGCUGGUGGUGGCUAACCGGCGCCUUCGCACACCCAUGUACUUCUUCCUGGGCAAUUUGGCCUGCUUGGAAAUCUGCUACAGCUCAAACAUUUUGCCGAGGAUGUUGCUUAGCUACCUGGAUGGAGACAGAAGCAUUUCGGUCAACGGGUGUUUUACACAAUACUAUUUCUUCGGUUGCUUGGCAGCUGCUGAGUGCUGUCUCCUGGCAGUGAUGUCCUACGACAGAUUCCUGGCGGUGUGCGAGCCCCUGCACUAUCCAUCCCGCAUGAACCGCACGCUCUGUCUCCAGCUGGCUGCCGCGUCUUGGAUAAGUGGCUUUCUCUCUAAUUCCAUCCUAACGGUCCUGAUCUCAAAUUUAGACUUCUGCGGGCCUAAUGAAAUUGAGCAUUUUUUCUGCGACUCAUUCCCAAUGAUAAAACUCUCCUGCAGCGACACACGCGUGAUGGGACUCGUCACUUCUGUUGUGGCAGGUGUGUGCUCACUGCCGCCCUUUCUGCUGACCUUCUCGUCCUACCUUUACAUCAUUAUCACCAUCAUGAGAAUUCCUUCCGCCACUGGGAGGAAAAAGGCCUUUUCCACUUGCUCCUCACAUCUUGUUGUGGUGAUUCUUUUUUACUGGUCAAUACUAACUGUCUACGUACUUCCUCAUCGUGACAGCCAAAUAUCUCCGAACAAAGUCUUCUCUGUUUUUUAUACCAUUCUCACUCCCUUGGUCAAUCCUCUCAUCUACAGCCUGAGAAACGAAGAAGUAAAGGAAGCUCUGCGAAAAGAGACAGGAAGACUUCUGGCUUUCAGGGGGUUGCUUUCUGUUAAAAAAAGGGGGGCAGAAGUCCCCAGUGAGCUAUAG